UAACUCUUCUUGUACUCCACUAUAUUUUCCAUACUAGUAAACAAUCCUCUUGAAAGGCAUGGGUCUAAAGUCCAAAUUGAGUGCCCAAAUAGAAGUGAAGGCUAAGAAUGAUGUGUUUCAUGAUGCCUUUAGGCACAAACCACAUCACAUCUCUACCAUGACUCCUGUUCACGUACAAGGUUGUGACUGUCUUGAAGGGGACUUUGGAACCGUUGGCUCUAAAAUUUGUUGGAAGUAUACCCAUGAUGGGAAAGAGAAGUUUUCGAAGCAGAUAAUUGAAUCUAUAAAUGAAGAGAAAAAGAUAAUAACAUUCAAAGAAUUUGAAGGAGAUAUAGUGAAUGAAUAUGAUAAUUGGAAGGUAAGUCUCCAUGUUGAUGAAGAAGGUGAAAAAGAUUUAGUGAGUUGGACUAUGGAAUAUGAAAGGCCAAAUGAGAAUGUCCCUGAGCUAACUAGUUUGCUUCAAUUUUUCAUUGAUAUGACCAAAUCUAUUGAUGAUCACCAUGUAUGUAACAAGCCAAUUGACAAUAUUAUAAAUUAGAAGUACAUGAGUUUGUACUUUUAAUUAAAUAAACACUUGACAUUAUAUUAUAUUAUUAUAUAGUAUAUAAUAUGAGAGAAUGUCAAGAUAUUUGUGUUUUUCUUUUCUUUUCUAAGUUAUAAUAAUAAUAAAGAUAUUUAAGUUUUUUUU